GUAAAAUGAAUUUUGAAAAAAUUCCCAUUUUAUCAAUUAAUGUUAGGAUUUGGAAAUUUUGGUCAAUAAUAUUGUCCCAUACCUGGCGACGAUAUGUUUUUGUUGGACCGAUUGCUGUUAUGAAUGUACUACAAUUUGUGUUUCUUUAUCAAAAAUGGGGCCAAGUGGAUACGUUUAUAUUGAAUGCUUUUUAUGCUAUAGCCAUCUUUAAUUCAUUACUUCGAACUGUGAUGGUCAUAUUCAAUCGGAGAAGAUUUGAAACAUUCAUGUCAGAAUUGGCGGUUCUUUAUGUUGAUAUUGAAGAAAGUAACAAUGAAGCUGCAAAAGAAAUUCUUAAAAAAGCCACUCGAGAAGCUAGGAAAAUAUCUACCUUCAACUUGACUGCAUCGUUUUUUGACCUAAUUGGCGCACUUAUUUAUCCCGUUUUUAGUAAGACCAAAGUUCAUCCGUUUGGAGUUGCGAUUCCCGGUGUGGAUGUCACUUUGUUUCCAGUCUAUGAAAUCAUAUAUUUUAUGCAGCUUUCGUUUCCUGUCAUCCUAACAUCAAUGUAUAUGCCAUUUGUGAGUCUUUUUGUUGCAUUUGCAAUGUUUGGAACAGCUGCUUUGAAAAAUAUCCAGAUGAGGCUUAGGAAGUUGUAUAGUCAACAUAAAUCCGAAGAGCAAAUGUAUCGUGACCUGAUUGCAUGCAUUUCCUAUCAUGCUAGAAUUAUGAGAUUUGUAGAGGAUUUAAAUUCUCUUGUAACAUACAUCCUUUUUGCCGAGUUUAUGAUUUACUCUGUGAUUCUUUGUGCAUUGCUCUUUUGUUUGAAUAUUCUUGAGUCGUUUAUGCAGAAAAUUGCAGUUAUAAUGUACAUUAUGACAAUGUUAUAUGUACUCUUUACAUAUUACUGGCAAGCUAACGAACUUUUAACUGAGAGCAUUCAAGUUUCUAUUGCAGCAUAUGAUGUUGAAUGGUUUCAUUGCAGUGCACGAUUUAAGAGGACAUUACUCUGUUUUAUAAUGAGGACCCAAAAACCAUUGGUGAUUAUGCUUGGGAAUAUUUAUCCAAUGUCACUGGAAACAUUUCAAUCACUUUUAAAUGCAUCAUAUUCAUAUUUUACUCUACUACGUGAGGCAUAUAAGUAAAUUGG